AAGGCUGCUGGGAGGAGGGACGUCGCGUGCAGCGCAUAGACUCGCGAUGGAAGAGCGAUGAAUCUGUCGCGGAGAGAACGGCGGAGCUCUGUUGUCAACGGCAUUCCCGACGACGACGACCGAGCUGGCGUUAACGUUGCAGAUGCGGUCUAGCUGUUGAUCGAGCCGCGUUGGCGACCAUCGAUAAUCUGUAAAAGGAGCGCCACCGAGACAGACAAAAACACCUUUCCUCGAUCCGAAGAAGAAGAAACGGAGGCAAGAGGCGCGAAAGUCCGCGCCGGAAGGUCGGAGGAGGAGGAGGAGGGGGUGGAGGAGGAAGAGGAGGACGAAGAAGAGAAGAGAAAAGUGGAAGCGGAAACGGUAGUAGUAGUGGAAGAAGCAAAGAAAGAAGAGGUGGAGGAGAAGGAGAGCAAAGAGCACGAGUGCAAGAACGAGGAGCAGCGAGAGGAGGAGGAGGAGGUGGUGGAGGCGGCGGCGGAGGUGGCGGAGGUGGAGGCGGUGGGAAGAAGAGGAGAGGUGGAGAAAGAGAAGGACAACGGGAAGAACGGGAACGGAAACGGAAGCGAGAGUGAAAGAGGAACGGCAAUUCGAGAGAAUCGGGUCAAGAGAAGGAGAUACGACGACGACGACGACGACGACGACGACAACAACAACAACAAUAACGACGACGACGACGACGACGACCACGACGACGACGACGACGUGGAGGAAAACAUGACGCAGCAAAGCGGUGCUGGGUCGCCCCAGCAGUUCUGCCUGAGGUGGAACAACUACCAGACAAAUUUGACCAACGUGUUCGACCAGCUGCUCCAGAGCGAGAGCUUCGUCGACGUGACGUUGGCCUGCGACGGCCACAGCGUGAAGGCGCACAAAAUGGUGCUGUCGGCGUGCAGCCCGUACUUCCAGGCGCUCUUCUUCGACAAUCCCUGCCAGCAUCCGAUCGUCAUCAUGAAGGACAUUAAGUGGCCCGAGUUGAAGGCCGCGGUCGAGUUCAUGUACAAGGGGGAGAUCAACGUGUCGCAGGAGCAGAUCGGCCCGUUGCUCAAGGUGGCCGAGAGCCUGAAGAUUCGCGGACUGGCGGACGUGAACAACGAGCACGAGCUCACCUCGAGAUCGUCCAGCUUGGAGGAGGCGGCGAACGCAGCGGCGGCGGCCGCUGCCGCCGCGGCCGCCGCGGCCAUGCACAGGAAGAAACGGCGUCGAAUAUCCGGCGAGAGAUCGCCGCCGCCCAACUGCAGCCCGGACCGGAUCAUCACCGGCACCGGCAUCCCCACGGACGAUCAGGACCCGAGCCAAGGCGGCGGGGCGGGCGUGAUCGUGCCGGACAUUCACAGCAUGCUACCGAGCAGCUCGACCCCGCGGUCCCUCGGAUCCCCCGGCACGCCCGGCGGCGGCGGCAUCGUCUCCGUCACGCCGCAGAUCAACCUCCAGGAACUUCCGGUAUCGCUGCCCCUGCCGCCGCCGCCGCCGCCGCCCCCUCAGCCCGGCCAGCAGACCCCGCACUCGAUAUCCGCUCACCACGUGCCCGGCCACGUGACUUCCGGUCCCCACGCCUCCGUCAACCACCUGACCGCUCACGGCCAGCAGCUCUCCGUUCAGCAGCAGCAGCAGCAGCAACAGCAGCAACAGCAGCAGCAACAGCAGCAGCAGCAGCAUCAUCAACAGGCCGGCCAACCGCCGACACCCGGGGACGAUCUCGAGAUCAAGCCUGGCAUCGCCGAGAUGAUUCGCGAGGAGGAAAGGGUGAGUCUUUUUCUUUCUUUUUUUUUCACUUCGAUUCCGUCUAGUUUUUACGCUAGAAAUUUUUCAUAUACGUGGAUGGACCGAAAGAGACAGAGAAGA